CAGCGCAGCCGCGGGAGCCGGGAGCCCCUGGUCCUUCCUGCGCCCCCAGCCUCGCCAGGAGAACCGGGCUGCAGCCGGCGCCACCCUGCCAUGCGCGCCCCUCCCAGCCCCCAGAAGGGCCGGAGCCCGCAGCCGAGGCUGCCCGCCGCCGUCCAGAUGUAGCCGAUCCGGGUCGCAGCCUCUACUGUCCUCGCGCGCUCUGCGGACUUCUGCUGCCCGCUGUGCACCGCCUGGACUCGGGGCUGGCGGAGAGGCCUGCAGGCUCUGGACUCCUGAUGCCACUAAGCCCCUUCUCCUGAGAGAAGCCACCGCCACCCGGACUUGGGGACAGGCGACCGGGACGGACGUGGGCCCGAGCUAGCCCAGAAGGUCCGGGCCCACCAUGGCCCCGGCCCUGCCCUGGCUCCUGCUGUGGGUGGGCUCGGGAGUGCUGCCUGUCCACGGCACCCAGGAUGGCAUCCGACUGCCCCUGCGCAGCGGCCUGGCAGGGGCCCCCCUGGGGCUGCGGCUGCCCCGGGAGACCGACGAGGAGCCUGGCAGGAGGGGCAGCUUCGUGGAGAUGGUGGACAACCUGAGGGGAAAGUCGGGCCAGGGCUACUACGUGGAGAUGACCGUGGGCAGCCCCCCGCAGACGCUCAACAUCCUGGUGGACACAGGCAGCAGUAACUUUGCAGUGGGGGCGGCCCCCCACCCUUUCCUGCAUCGCUAUUAUCAAAGGCAGCGGUCAAGCACGUAUCGGGACCUCCGAAAGGGCGUGUAUGUGCCCUACACCCAGGGCAAGUGGGAGGGGGAGCUGGGCACUGACCUGGUGAGCAUUCCUCAUGGUCCCAACGUCACUGUGCGUGCGAACAUCGCUGCCAUCACGGAAUCAGACAAGUUCUUCAUCAAUGGCUCCAACUGGGAGGGCAUCCUGGGGCUGGCCUACGCCGAGAUCGCCAGGCUCUGUGGUGCAGGCUUCCCCCUCAACCAGUCUGAGGCCGUGGCUUCUGUGGGAGGGAGCAUGAUCAUCGGGGGUAUUGACCACUCGCUGUAUACAGGCAAUCUCUGGUAUACACCCAUCCGGCGGGAGUGGUAUUAUGAGGUGAUCAUUGUGCGGGUGGAGAUCAAUGGACAAGAUCUGAAGAUGGACUGCAAGGAGUACAACUAUGACAAGAGCAUCGUGGACAGUGGCACCACCAACCUUCGUCUCCCCAAGAAAGUGUUUGAGGCUGCGGUCAAAUCCAUCAAGGCAGCCUCCUCGACAGAGAAGUUUCCAGAUGGCUUUUGGCUGGGUGAGCAGCUGGUGUGCUGGCAAGCAGGCACCACCCCCUGGAACAUUUUCCCAGUCAUCUCGCUCUACCUCAUGGGUGAGGUCACCAACCAGUCCUUCCGCAUCACCAUUCUUCCACAGCAAUACCUGCGGCCUGUGGAAGACGUAGCCACGUCCCAGGAUGACUGUUACAAGUUCGCCAUCUCGCAGUCAUCCACUGGCACGGUGAUGGGAGCUGUUAUCAUGGAGGGCUUCUACGUCGUCUUUGACCGGGCCCGAAAACGAAUCGGCUUUGCUGUCAGUGCUUGCCAUGUGCAUGAUGAGUUCAGGACCGCAACAGUGGAAGGCCCUUUUGUCACCCCGGACAUGGAAGACUGUGGCUACAACAUUCCACAGACAGAUGAGUCAACCCUCAUGACCAUAGCCUAUGUCAUGGCUGCCAUCUGCGCCCUCUUCAUGCUGCCACUCUGCCUCAUGGUGUGUCAGUGGCGCUGCCUCCGCUGCCUCCGCCAUCAACAUGAUGACUUUGCUGAUGACAUCUCCCUGCUGAAGUGAAGAGGCCCAUGGGUGGAAGACAGAUUCCCCUGGGCCACAUCUGGGUGGUCCCCUUUGGUCCCAAGUUGGAGACACAGAUGGUACCUGUGGCCAGAGCACCUCAGGACCCUCACCCACCCACCAAUGCCUCUCUCUGCCUUGACAGAAAAGGAAAAGUCAACAGGGUGGGCCCCAGGGCUUGCACCUUUAAGAAACAGGAGAGGAAAGAAAGAAGCGCUCUGGUGAAAGGAUACUCUUGGCCACCUCAAACUUGAGCUAGGAGAUUCUGCUGCUUGAACCUUCAGCCUGCACCUUUGCCCACCAACCAUUUAGAUUUUCCAACCCAAAGUAUUCUUUCCUCACUUGCAGAAGUCCUGGCAUCACACCCAGGCUAUCCCAGCGUGUCUCUGCGGUACCCUGCGAAGAGCAACCUCAUAUCCCUGCUGGCCAAAGUCAGCAGAAGAAGAUACACAGUUUGCUGUUUGCUUUAGACAUAGGGACUGGGGAAGCAAGCCUAACACUGGUGCAAAGACUGCCUCUUAAAUUAAAAAAGAGCAAUUAGAGCAUUUGUACACAUGGGGCAGUUAGAGGAGUAUAAAGACAGUGAGCUGGUAUUAAAGACAAGAAACACAGAAACAGCAACUCACUGGUCCCAGCUUGAGACCUCAUCUCCAAGGCAGAACCCCAUCUUAUAAGACGGGUGUCAUUCGUUCCCCAGUGUUUCUGUGGUUGUAGGCUGACCCAAAGUGAGAUGUAAAGAAGAGCUUAUGGAACCAAGAGCUCAUUUUAAAGCUCUUUUAAAUGAAAGGUGCCCAUGAAGAAGUUCCACUUAACAAAUGAGUUUCUGUCUUAUUAAUCCCACUUGUCUCUACUUGAACCCUUCCUCCUACAUGUGACAGGUGCCACAGCAGCAGCCAGCCCCCACCGCCCUAGGUUCCCUGCGGGAGCAGCUGGACUACAGCAGGGCUGCGCACUGUCUCCCUGGUCACGCGCUCACUCCUUCCCCAGAGCCCCCUUGCUUUGGAGCUUUGCAGCCCAGGUGCUACAAGGAAUAGAGGUGAGACCUCUCCUACCUAAGCCCCGAAAGCAGAACGCCAUAGAUCCAUUCAGCAGGUGUAGGGUUGAUGCCUUAUACCUCUGUCCAGGUUCCUCCUAUUUGCUCUAAGUGGUAAGACCGUCGUCACGUAAUACUGAGUGGUUUCACUGCUUUCUUACCCUCUCUAAUGGCGCCUCCAUUUAUUUGACUAAGGCAUCGCACCCUGGCGAGUAUUAAACCAAGAAUGUCAGAAACACGGGGCUUUCUGCGCGGAGUCACUGCCUUCCAUAUGAAGGCCACCUGGGAAGGAUGGCAGCCUCCGGCUUCCUCGCGUCCUUCUGUUCCCCUUGCCGGAGGCUGCCCUCUUCUCCCACUCCCGAUGUACGUGGGCACCCAGGCUGGCUCUUGGGCGAGGUGGUGGGGGCCAAGCUCAUUUCCUCUCCAUCAGUUCUGCACAGUAGACUGUGCUACCAGUGUUCGUGGGAAGGGCUGAGAGUGCGCAGUUUAUCUGCUGCAUCCUAAUCUUACCUGGUACACACACUACUUCAGGCAGGGGACCUGGCGGGUGUGGCACUGCCCGAUGAAGGAGGGAAAUACAAGGGCCUCUGGAGUCGCCGGCCUGCAGCCAGCUGCCCACAAGCCAUAAACCAAUAAAACCAGAAUAUGAAGUUACA